AUGGCAUUCUACUCGAUUGCUCUACUCUCUAUAGCAUGCUCUAUCAUUCUGCUUAGGGCGGGGAUAGACCAGUACAUGCCUCUUCUCGUUUCGAGCACUAGCGCCGUGUCGACGUCGAAGCCCCAAUCAAAGCUAGAAGAAUUCGGAUUCCUAGAAAUUUCCGCCGGAACUAAUCCUAUUGUCGAUAUUAUCGCUAUCCAUGGCUUGCAAGGUCACAGAGAGAAGACCUGGACAACAGAUGAUGGAGUGUUUUGGCUACGCGACCUCUUGCCUUCCGACUUGUCCAACGCCCGAGUCCUCAGCUAUGGAUACGAUGCCGACACCCGCAGUCGCGAAUGUGUAUCAACUCAAACGAUGAGUCGGCAUGCAGAAGGGUUCGCCAAUGCGCUCUCACGGGUCCGGAAAGAUGCUCCUCGUCGCCCCAUUAUCUUUGUCGCACACGACAUAGGAGGUAUUAUCCUCAAAUGGACACUGGUUAUCUGCCACAAUCAAAGGUUGGAAUCCAAAGGUCACCUUCGGGAUAUUCUCGUUUCGACACAUGGGAUCCUUUUCUUCGGAACUCCACACUUUGGCGUCGAGGGAACCACUUUCCUCGAGGGAAUCAAUUUUAUACUGUCCGUAUACAUGGCGACAACAGACGCUAUUCUCAAAGAUCUGCGAUCUCAUUCGACAGAACUCGAGAACAUACAGCGAUUCUGGGUCGCGGCCAGCGAGAAGAUUAGUAUCAUCUUCUUCUGCGAAGGUUAUGCGAUGGCCGGUGUCGGGAAUCGAGGAGAACUUAAUGUUCCAUAUUACUCGGCUACUAUCGCCGGGGACCGCAAUGCGGCGACAAUCGUACUUCAUGCAAAUCAUCGCAAUUUGGUCCGAUUCUCAUCCAAAGAGAAUGACAACUACAUCACGGUCCAUUACUAUCUCAAAGAGUACAUCAAUAAUGCGCCUUUGACAGUGCAAAAGAAAUGGAAUAAAGAAGACGAACUUCGCAAUACAGCAAAGGGAGAAUCCGAAGAGUCCAUGACGCCAAAACCCCGUCCACUCCUGUCAAGAACUUACAUCGAAAGAAAAGGAAUCGAGUCCCUCAUUACGAAGAAGCUGCUUCCAGAGAGUCGCGGAAAGCAUCAACCACGGUGUAUACUAUAUGGACUUGGAGGGGCGGGCAAGACUCAGCUCGCAACGAACUGGGUUCAGGAACACGAAGACGAGUUUACUCGAGUGAUCAUGGUCGAUGCCUCCAGCCAAUCGCAGUUGGAAGCGGAUUUAGCACGGUCAAUUCGCUCGUUGGGUCCGGAAUAUAGCAAGAUGACGUGGAAGGAUGCGGUGGCAUAUCUUGAUGGAAAGGAGAAAGGCUGGUUACUAUAUGUCGACAACGCCGACUCGCCAGAACUCGACCUCCUUCCAUAUCUCCCCCAUUCUAUUCACGGGGCAACUCUGAUUACCACAAGGAACGUCGGGUGCGUCAACUACGCUCCUGAUGGUGCGGUUCAUGUCGGUGGUCUCGAGGAGAGCGAGGCGGUGAAUCUUCUGCAUACAACGGCCAACAUCACCCCUACCUCGGACGUCGAAUCUCUGGAGAUUGUUCGCGAGCUAGGGAUGCUGGCGCUUGCAAUUACGCAAGCCGGUGCGUAUAUUCGCAAGACGCGCAGCUUAGAUACGUACCUCGAAACAUUUCGUCAGUACCGAGAUCGACUCCUACGCAAGCAGCCCGACAUUGGCACGGAGUACGCUUUCUCCACAUAUACCGCAUUCGACCUAUCCUUUAACGAGCUACCGGCAAAUACGCAAGACUUCCUGAAGCUUUGCGCAUUUCUUCACCACUCAUUGAUUCCAAAGGACCUGUUUAAGCAAUCAAUAGGCUCUGGCUUUACCACAUACACAGUCAGGGACAGUCUCCCCCCUCCAGAGAGUGACAAGACUUUCAUCUCGAACCUGCGGUUCUUGGGCCGCAAGUGGGAUGAGAUUACAUUCCAGGAGAUUGUGGACUCGGCGUCGCAAGCGUCAUUUAUCGACGUUUCGACCGACGGGUCAUUCUACACGGUUCACCCUCUACUUCAGAUGUAUAUCAAGGACCGUCUGGCUGAAGAGGGGAACCGACGCUAUAUGCGCAUGACAGUACAAUUGCUACUGGGUGCCAUCCGGCCUGUGAAGGAUAGCAAUGAGUGGUUCUGGCAACUACUACCCCACGUCGACAGCAUCCCUCGAUCAGUGCAGUCAGAGAGCGUGGCACACGCAUUGGCAUUCUACAAGCUUUAUUACUCUUUGGGGCGCUGGAAAGCGUGCCAAGAGCUAUUAGAACCUGUGCUUUCACGAUUUGAUUGCGCCGAGGGUAAACGGGACAAAGAAUCAGUAUUUGUGAUGGACCAGCUUGCCGAUUUGCUGUGGAAGGAUGGUCAGUUGGGCCGGGCCGAAAAUAUGCAGCGUGAGGUACUCGACUGGCGGCUCGAGAUACUCGGACGACGCCACCCAAGCACCAUUUCGGCGAUGAACAACCUCGCUUCUAUACAGUAUCACCGUGGUCGGUUGGACGAGGCUGAGAAGAUGCAGCGUGAGGUACUCGAUCUGCAGCUCGAGAUACUUGGACCACGCCACCCAGACACCAUUUCGGCAGUGCAUAACCUCGCAAAUACAGUGUCUGACCGUGGUCAGUUGGACGAGGCUGAGAAGAUGCGGGGUGAGGUACUCGACUUGCAGCUCGAGAUACUUGGACGACGUCACCCAGACACCAUUAUGGCAAUGAGCAACCUCGCAAAUACGCUGUCUAACCGUGGUCAGUGGGACGAUGCUGAGAAGAUGCGGCGCGAGAUACUCGACCUGCGGCUCGAGAUACUUGGGCCACACCACCCAGACACCAUUUCGGCAAUGGGCAACCUCGCAAAUACACUCUCUGACUGUGGUCGGCUGGACGAAGCUGAGAAGAUGCAGCGUGAGGUACUCGAAUUGCGGCUCAAGAUGCUUGGAACACGCCACCCAGAGACCAUUAUGGCGAUGAACAACCUCGCAAAUACACUGUCCGACCGUGGUCAUCUGGACGAGGCUGAGAAGAUGCGGCGUGAGAUACUCGAUCUGCGGCUCGAGGUACUUGGACCACGCCACCCAGACACCAUUAUGGCAGUGAAUAACCUCGCAAAUACACUGUAUGAUCGUGGUCGGCUGGACGAGGCUGAGAAGAUGCAGCGUGAGGUACUCGAUCUGCGGCUCGAGAUACUUGGACCACGCCACCCAGGCACCAUUUCGGCAAUGCACAACCUCGCAAAUACGCUGUCUCACCGUGGUCGGCUGGACAAGGCUGAGAAGAUGCAGCGUGAGGUACUCGACUUGCGGCUCGAGAUACUUGGACGACGCCACCCAGGCACUAUUUCAGCAAUGAACAACCUUUCAAGCACACUGUCUCACCAAGGUCGGUUGGACGAGGCUGAGAAGAUGCAGCGUGAGGUACUCGAUCUGCAGCUCGAGAUACUUGGACCACGCCACCCAGCUACCAUUGCAACAAUGAGCAACAUAGCUUCUAUACUGUCAGUCCGUGGUCGGUUGGACGAGGCAGAGAAAAUACAGCGUGAGGUACUCAAUUUCCAGCUCGAGAUACUUGGUCCACGCCACCCAGACACUAUUUCGGCAAUGAUCAACCUCGCUUCUACACUGUUCAAGCGUGGUCAUCUGGCUACCUCGUCCAGUCCUUCCUCAAUGUUUCAUGAGUCUGGUUGGCUUUGGGAAGCCAGAAACCUCCUGCAAGAGGUCGUGAAUCUAUGCGUUGAGGUCUUGGGCGAAGAUCAUCCUACUACUUUGAAAUCCAAGGUGUUUCUCAAGCAUAUUAUUUCCGAGCAAUCUCGGGCCUCGUAG